AAUUGCCUGCCUAUUUCCACGAAUUUUUACUAGCAAAGAAAUAAAUAUUUGAGAACAAUAAAUAAUCAAUCUUGGUUCGUUGACCAAAACUAAGCAGGCAUCUCGCUAGUUUCUUCCUAGAACGUCCAGAAUGUGGAAUGAGUUACCUCCUAAUGUGUUUCCUUUGCGUUACGACAUAGGAUUCUCCAAGAAGCGGAUAUUUAUUUUAGGGUUCUCAAGGCUCCUGUGAUGUUGCUUAUGUCCAUGGGCGACGAUGACUGCUUCCCAUCAGGCGGUUCGUCUGCUCGUUUGCUGCCUAUUACAUAAAAAAAAACUAGCCCCAAAAGUAUCAAAGAAAAUGACGAUUAAUGAUUAUAUAGUUAUUAAAUUUGAUAUUUUGCACUGUAGCAUGUUGUGUACACUUGUUUUGGAUCUCGUGCUAGUUUUUAAGCCAUAACAUGCCAUUGUAUGUUUCUCACAAUAUUGUACGAUAUCUGUUUAGUAAGGUCACCCAGGGUGUUAAAAAGGCAACUCAAACAUCCCUCGAUGACAGAUGUCAUAAUGACAUUUUUAUCUGUACGAUUUUCUUUCCCCUUCCACCAUGACUUGAUUAACGCAAAUGCGCUUUGUACAAUUAAAUAAGAUUAUUAUUAAUAAAACAAGUGUCGUGUAUAAAAACAUCUUUAAUUUAGAAGAAAAACCUGCGCCCCAUAACAUAUUUCGUUAGUUAUGGGCCCAGAUAUCGUUAUUGCGUAAGAAAAGGGGAACUAAAAUACGGCGUCAGUACAAAAGAAGAACACAAGAUGGCGAAAGAUAACUUAAAUAAUCGAUAUAAUAUUCAACAAUUUAGUGGUGACGGCUUUAACAAUUGGUCUUUUAGAAUUAAAAGUAUUUUGAAGGAAAAUUUGUGCCUGGAGGCGAUACAAACUGUGAAAUAUGCUGAAAAUAAAGAUAACGAGAAAAUGGAAGCGCGAGCGCAAGCCAUCUUGAUUGCCGCUGUGGCGGACAGUCAUUUAGAAUAUGUAAGAGAGGAGACAGCAUACGCGAUGUUCAAAAAUUUAGAAGAAUGUUUUAAAGAAAAAGGAAUAAGAAGUAAAUUGUUUUUAAGAAGACAACUAAGUGACAUAAAAUAUAAAGAUACAACAUCGUUAAAAGAAUACUUUACAAAAAUACAGGAAAUAUGCACACAACUGGAAGAAGCCGGAUCAGAACUGUCAGAGGAAGAAAAAAUUAAUUAUGUACUUUUAUCAAUGCCCAAAUCUUAUGAAUCAAUAGUUACAGCUUUGGAAACCAUUGGGGAUUUGAAACUAAACACAGUGAAGGAUAGAUUAUUGGCUGAGGAGGAGAAACAGAAAAAAUUUAAUGAAUAUCAGGCAAGUCAAGUACAGUCAAAUGCUUUCAAUUGCUUUACAUGUGGUAAGCCUGGCCAUAAAAAGUUUCAAUGCAGACAAAGUCAUGGAUAUGGAUUUAAUCAAGGAUAUGGACGAGGCGAAUGGAGCCAUGGAUAUGGAUUUAAUCAAGGACAUGGACGCGGUGGAUGGAGCCAAGGAUAUGGAUUUAAUCAAGGACAUGGACGAGGUGGAUGGAACCAAGGAAGAGGCUUUUAUCAAGGACGUGGACAGAAUGGAUCAUACAGAGGAACAGGAUUUAACCAAGGACGUGGUCGUGGCAGCCAAGUGAGAAGUAGAGGAUCGAGCCAAGGACGGAGUACCAACUAUGUUGAAGAUAAUGAUGAAAAGACGGCAUUCUUCUGUGGAAAUAUGUAAGAAAAAAUUUAUUAUCAGUGUCUAAAAUGGAAAGUGUCGGGUUGAGGAUUGAAUUUGCUAAUGGAAAGGUACGAGUAUAUAAACAUAAUUAUUUAAUCAUGAUUGGAAAUAAAGAGGGAACACUAUACACAGUUGAAUGCAAAAUAAAUGUAAAUUCGUGCCAGUUAACAAAUACAGUAGAUACAAAUUUAUGGCACAGACGUUAUUGUCACUUAGGCUCACAAAAUUUAGAUUUACUUGUACGUAAAAAUCUGGUAGAUGGUUUAUCUGAAUUAAAAAAUAAAUUUGUAAGUGACAGUUUAUGUGAAGCAUGUAUUUUAGGGAAAAGUCGUAGACAGCCGUUUAAUAAAUUAGGGACUAGAGCUAAGAAACCUUUAGAAUUAUUACAUUCUGAUGUCUGCGGACCUAUAACACCUGUGACUUGGGACGGUAACAAAUAUUUUGUAACAUUCAUAGACGAUUAUACUCACUUUACGAUGGUGUUCUUAAUAAGAAAUAAAUCUGAAGUUUUCAAAAAGUUUGAAACAUAUUAUAAUACAGUAACAAAACAUUUUAAUUCAAAUUUGUUGAAGCUGAGAAUCGAUAAUGGCCGUGAAUAUCUUUCAGAUGAAUUUAGGGAGUUUUGUAAUAGGAAUGGAAUUGUCAUGCAGCAUACAGUACCAUACAAUCCUGAAAUGAAUGGAGUCGCAGAGAAAAUGAAUAAUACCCUUAUGGACAAAGCAAGGACUAGUCUAAUAGACUCUGGCAUGAAGAAAGAAUUUUGGGGUGAAGCAAUCUUGUUCGCAACAUAUGUAACAAAUAGAAGUCCAGUUUCAGGAAGAGAGAAAACACCAUGUGAGCUAUGGGAAGGACGCAAACCUGAUGUAUCAAACUUGAGAGUUUUUGGAUGUGCUGCUUAUAAUCAUGUGCCAAAAGAACUGAGAAGGAAACUUGACAACAAAAGUAAGAAGAUGAUUAUGAUUGGAUACAACAUAGGAGGGUAUAAACUUUUUGAUGAAGAAAAACAAACAA